UGUUAUUCCUGUAUGCCUGGUACGGUAUGUCAUGGCUUCAUGAUUAUUUUCUUUCUAAUAAAGUUUUUAGAAUAAAUUGUAAUUGAAAGUUUGUGGUUAAUGCAAAUUAUUGAAAUCAAUAAUGAAUGACUUAUAUAACAAUCCUUUUGUUGAACUGCGGCAAAGAAUUAACGAAAUUAAAAAGAAGAAUAUUAAUUUGUCCAAAAAGUUUAAAAAAUGUGGUCUAAGGAAAAAUUCGAUCCAAAAUCUAGAGAUGAUUGAAAAAAGCAAAGUUCUUGAUGAAACUGAAGUUUCUAUGGUUGAAGACUGUUAUAGAAAGGCAUUAGAAUUAGCCGAAUAUCAUUUAAGGCGUAAAAAAGCAAAGAAACAACAAAAGUUGAACAUGGUUCAUAAAACUAAAGCAAAAGGCUCAAAUAAACAUACAGCCAUUUCAUCAUAUGAUUCAAAUUCAGUUAAAAUAGGAAACUCUAAAAGUUUUCCAACUACCUUGUGGAAAACUGAAAAUUUAGUUGGUAAAAUUGAAAGCGAGAAUACAAAUGUUGCAAAUUAUUUAUCAAGUCAAUUAGGAAGUUUUAUCAAUCAAAACGUUGAUAUUCCAUCUCCUCAUUUCAAAAAUAUAAAAGAGAAGAGAAAAAAACUAAAAUUGCAGUCUAGUUCAUCUGUCCAAGAUUCUUGUUUUUUGAAACCAGCUGCUAGGAAAAGCAAACCAGCCCCUGUUACUGCAAAUUGUGGUAACCAAGCAAAUACCAAAAAUACGUUUUCAGUUAUUCAGAAAAUUAAAAAUAAUCUUUCACCAUCAGACAUGCCUAAAACUCACGAUUGUUCUACAUUUUGUAAAAAUUCUACAGAUGAAACAUCUACAAAUUCUCAAAAAAAUUUUCAAUGUCCAAUAAUAACAUUAAACGAUACUGCAGAAAAAAAACAUUUCACUAAUAAACCAUUAAAUAUUUUAAAAGAACCAUUUAGACCGAUUGUUCCAGAGCUUGAUUUAAAACAGAAAUCUACUACUAAAACAACUAUAGAAGAAAUUUAUUUGGCAGAGGAAAAAGGUAUACUGGAGGAGCUCGAUUUGACAGAAGAAUUUGAUGAAGCAGUUAUACCAGAGCUUGAUUUGACAGAAGAACCAGUUGAAAUAAUUGUACCUGAACUUGAUUUGUCAGAAGAGCCUGUUGAUUUUCCCAUACCUAAACUUCAUAUGAAAGAAUCAGUUAAUUUGCUUAGUGAAGAAUUGAAGUCAAAAUUGAAGUCUGAAGGUGUUGUAAUUAAAAAUGGAAAAUGGUCAAAUAAAGAAAAAGAUCUGCUAAGGAGAAAUUUUGAAGAUUUUCAAUCUCAAUUUGGAGUUUAUAAUAGUAAUUUAUUGCUUGGAAUUGGACGAAAUUUACCUAGCAAUAAAUAUGAAUACAGUUGGGUAAAAAAAUUUCUGAAAGCAAAGCACUUUUAUGUUAGAUUAGGAAAAGAUAUCAAUGAUAGAAUGCUUGGAGCUAUAUAUUGUAAAGCUAGAAGAAUGUUUAACAUAUUGAAAAAUUCUAAAGAUUGCACAGCUAAUGACAUCACAAAUAUUAUUAAAUUGCAAAAAAUAUAUGGUAAUAACUGGUCGUUAAUUGGGCAAAAAUUAGGAAUAGACUCUUAUGACUGUUGCAGCUUCUAUUUAUUUCACAAAAAACCUGUAAAGAAAGGACCCUGGUCAGAAACUGAAAUAAAACAAUUAAUUUUAGCAAUAAAAUCUGUUACAAAAGUAUCAAUUAUCUCUGCUGAGCACCUGAAUGGUAUUUCUUGGAGAAAAGUUUCUGAUUUAGUGCCUACUCGUAAUCAAAAACAGUGCCUUAGAGAAUGGCAAAUUAAUCAAAGUAAACUGUUUCAAAAUGCUUUAUAUGAAGAAUGGACUGUGUCUGAUACAGAAAAAUUGAUAAAUCUUCUUAAAAGCAAUUAUCAUGUUACUGAUGAGUGUGAUAUUCUUUGGACAGAAGUUCAAAAAUCUUUCAAAAAUGUAAUUCAUUCUGAAUGUGCCCUCAAGAGAAAAUGGUCUUCUAUUAAACGUUAUGCACCAAAAGAAAUUAGAAAUAACUUUCCCCAGUUAAUUGACUUUUUACAUAAAAAAUACAUGAAUGAUAUUUAUUAAAAUAACUCUAAAACUAUUUUAUAGUACUGUAUGUUUCAUUUGUUGUUGAUUAAAAUUAAUUUUUCAUGUUUGA